AUGUUGGAAGAAAAUAGCUGGCGAUGGGAUGUUGUACAUGCAUGCAGCAAUGUGCUUUGUUUAACAUUUGUGAUUGCAUUUGUCGUUUCCCAACUUCUAUCACUGUUUCGAAAAGCUAAAAUUAGGAAGCGAAGUGUGGCUGCGAUGCAACCGGAACGGAAAUUCAUUCCACAAGCAGGAAUGACUGACAAACAGAUAGGUGAUGUUAUCGAAAGUGUCGUAAACUAUCGAGAAGUCUUCGGUAUCAAGAAGGUGCCGUAUCAUCGUUUGUGUCUACAUGAUGAUGAAGCUUUGCUAAGGUCCCAGCUGUUUUACGAGAACAUGAAAAUGCGACGAUGUGUUCAAGAAUUUAGUCCACGCCCAGUACCUUCGAAAUUGAUUCAAAAUAUUAUCAAAUCAGCAGGUACAGCACCAAGCGCAGGAAAUUUGCAACCAUGGAUGUUUUGCGUAGUCAGUAGUUAUGGACUGAAAGCUGAGAUAAGAAAAAUCGUUGAAGAGGAAGAGCGAAACACUUAUAGCAAAAAGAUGGGAGCUGAUUGGGUGUUGGAUAUAGCAGAAUUGAAAGUCAUAUGGUCUAAACCAUAUCUUACUGAAGCUCCUCAUCUCAUUGUGGUCAUGAAACAAGCUCAUUUGAUCAAUGAUUCAAAUGAGUUAACUUCAGCACAUUACAAUCAAAUAAGUCUCGGCAUAACAGUUGGCAUUUUAAUUGCAGCACUCCAGGAUGCAGGACUAGCUACUUCAAUCACAUAUCCACUGUACGGCAGUGAAAAAAUUCGGAAACAUUUGAAGAGGCCAUCGAAUGAGGAGGUUUUUCUUCUUUUACCGGUUGGAUUUCCAGCUAAAAAUGCCACCGUACCUGAUCUCAAACGUAAAUCCGUUGAAGAAAUAAUUCGAUGUUAUGCAUAA